AUGGAGGAUGGGUCGUGUCCGUACGAGGUGCUGGGUGUGCCCACCACCGCAACAGAGGCAGAGAUUCGCAAGGCAUACAAGAAGCUGGCCCUCAAGUACCACCCCGACAAGAAUCCAGAUGACCCAGAGACAGCGGAGAAGAUGUUCCGGCGAGCUGUCAUGGCAUCAGAGAUGCUGCUGGAUGCCACAGCAAAGGCUGCAUAUGACAAGGUGUUGAAGGCGAGGCAGGCUGCACGCGUGCGUUCGGAGAAGAUGGAUGCAGAGCACCGCAAAGCAAGAGAAGACCUUGAGGCGAGGGAACAGGCACACAAGCGCAGCAAGACUGCAGCAGAGACAUUGCAACGUGACUUGGAAGCACAGAUUCGCAGAUUACGGGCUGAGGGCGCACGCAAGCUACAGGAGGAAGAGGACAGGUUCAGGGAAAUGCUGAGGACAGUGAAUCGAGGAGAUCAGGAUGCGACGGUGGUGAAGAGCGAUUUCUCCGAGGACUUUGAAGCAAAAGUGCUGGCACGCAUGCGUGCUCAUGGCCACGCACGAAGAGAACACAUGCAGCAGCAACAGCAGCAACAGGCUGCGUAG